AGAAGUAUAUUAUCAACUAAUAGCGCUGGUUUUGAAUAAUACUCGGUGACCGCGAUCGUGAGUUCAUACGUCUCUCUUUUCUUCCGAUUAAGUACUUAAGUAGUGAAAAUAGGGAAGACAGUUUGCCUGUCCGAUUCAUUUAAGCCGACGGCGAUUACAUAUCAUUUCGAUGCUUUGUUUUUUUGAUAUUUAAUACGUAGCGUGCAACAGCGCGCACCGGCGCUGUCACAUCUACCUUUGGUACGGAGCCGACGACUACGAGGAUGUUGAGGCGAAUGAUGGAGACAUUGGCGACCGACGUGGGCCGGAUUAGGCCUUACGCCGAAAUGCCAGGACCAACACCCAUACCUUUUUUGGGCAACACCUGGAGAUUUAUACCCUUCAUCGGUAACUUCAAGAUCCACGAGGUUGACAAAGUGUCAAGGAGAUUGUACGAGGAAUACGGCGAUAUCGUUAAAGUCGAGGGCCUACUCAAUCGUCCAGACAUGGUCUUUGUAUACGAUGCCGACGAGAUCGAGCGGAUCUUCCGGCAGGAGGAGCGGAUGCCACAUCGACCGAAAAUGCCGUCCCUUGAUUACUACAAGCACGUGUUGCGCAAAGAUAUUUUCAACGAGAAUCCUGGUGUUAUUGCCGUACACGGCGAGGGCUGGUACAAUUUUCGGAGCAAAGUCCAGCAGGUGAUGCUGCAACCACGUACGGCUCGUAUGUAUACCGAGACGAUCGACGAUGCCAGUCGAGCUUUUAUCGAGAGGAUAGAGAAGAUAAAAGACGAGAAGGACGAGGUGCCUGAAAACUUUCUAAAUGAAAUUCACAAAUGGUCCCUGGAAUCGAUAGCUCGGGUGGCUCUCGAUGUCCGAUUGGGAUGUUUAGACGAGGAACACGCACCACCCGAAAUUCAACAACUCAUCAACGCGGUCCUCGUGUUCUUCAAGAACGUGGGCGUGCUGGAGCUGAAGAUUCCGUUCUGGAAGUUCUUUAACACACCCACCUGGCGAAAAUAUAUCAGCGCCCUCGAUGUGAUAUUGAGCACAACGUCCAAAUUCACGGAGCUGGCCCUCGAGCGCUCGAAACUCUCCACAAAGACGCAAGAUAAACUUUCGCUUUUGGAGCGUGUGCUGGCGAGCGAGGGGAAUACCCAGCUUGCUACGGUACUCGCCUUCGAUCUCUUUCUAGUUGGUAUCGACACGACCUCCAAUUCCGUCGCUUCGGUCUUGUAUCAGCUUGCCCUCCACCCGGACAAACAGGAGAUGCUCCACGACGAGAUGAGGCGCGUCCUGGGCGAGACCGACCAGAUCACCACCUCGCACAUAAACGAGCUUAAGUACCUCAAGGCGUGCAUAAAGGAGACUCAGAGAAUGUUCCCGGUGGUGAUUGGCAAUGGGCGCUGCAUGACGAGCGACACCAUCAUUAGCGGCUACCACGUUCCCAAAGGCGUGCACGUCGUGUUUCAACACUACGUGAUCAGCAACACCGAGCGCUACUUCCCAGGUAGCGAUCGUUUCUUGCCGGAGCGAUGGAUCGACUCCGGGGGCUUGGAGGCGCCCCGUCACGCCUUUGCAUCUCUGCCCUUCGGCUACGGGAGGCGUAUGUGCCUCGGACGCAGGUUCGCCGAGCUCGAGAUACUCGUCGUCCUCAGCAAGGUUUUCCAGAAGUACCGAGUGGAAUAUCACUAUGAGAAGUUAGACUACUACAUUGAUCCAAUGUAUACGCCCAAAGGACCAUUAAAAUUCAAAUUCAUUAAACGCUGAAUGCCGAAGAUAACCAACAAGUAGUU